AUGGUUGAACCUGUAGGCAACCAAUAUGUUGUGGCCCGUUCAGUGUAUUCAGAGCUUUUAUUUGAUGAAGAGCAUCAGAAAGUGCACAGAUACCACAAAACCUUUGCGGAUCAUCUCAGAGUACGCUUUAGCUGCACAUCUCAAAGAGCAAAGAAAGUGGCUGUUCGUUUGUUCCCCAUCAUCUCCUGGCUAUCUAUAUACCGCUGGAAGGACUGGAUUCUCAGUGACAUUGUUUCAGGAAUUAGCACAGGGCUGGUAGCUAUCCUACAAGGACUAGCAUUUGCUUUGCUGGUGAAUAUUCCUCCAGGAUAUGGACUCUAUGCAGCCUUUUUCCCAGUGAUUAUAUAUUUUUUCUUUGGCACUUCCAGACAUAUAUCAGUGGGUCCCUUUCCUGUGCUGAGCUUGAUGGUAGGAGGAGCCGUUUUAAGGAUAGUUCCAGAAGUACCUGGUAGCAAUGGCACAAUAACAGAUGACCCAUCAAUCACUGAGCAAAGAAUCAUGGUGGCAGCAUCAGUGACUGUGCUAGCUGGCAUAUUUCAGCUGCUGUUGGGUAUCCUACAGGUUGGCUUCAUAGUUAUAUAUUUAUCUCAGUCACUAAUAAGUGGAUUCACUACUGCUGCAGCUAUCCAUGUUUUUGUGUCCCAACUGAAAUUAAUUUUUCAACUAAAAGUGCCCGGAUAUAAUGAACCAUUGGGAAUUAUAUGGACUUUCAGAGAUAUAUUUGGGCAGAUUACAAAUACAAACAUUGCAGACCUCGUCACUGCGUUGAUUGUCUUGGCCGUUGUGUCUGUAGUCAAGGAAAUGAAUGACCGGUAUAAAAACAAGCUUCCUGUUCCUAUCCCCAUUGAAAUCAUUGUGACAAUCCUUGCAGCUGGGCUAUCCUACGCUUUCAAUUUCAAAGAAAAAUUCAAAGUAGAUGUUGUUGGAAAUCUAGAGAAAGGGUUUCAGGCUCCUGUUGCACCAAAUAUAAGCUAUUUCCAAAGCUGUGUGGGUGACGGCUUCUCCAUUGCAAUUGUCGGCUUUGCUGUAGCCUUUUCUGUAGCUAAAGUGUAUUCCAUCAAACAUGACUACCCUCUGGAUGGCAACCAGGAAUUAAUUGCCUUUGGAUUAAGCAACAUCUUUUGUGGUAUAUUCAAAGGAUUUGCUGCAAGUACUUCACUUUCAAGGUCUGGUGUCCAGGAGAGCACGGGAGGGAAGACUCAGAUUGCUGGCAUCCUCUCAGCUAUUGUGGUUCUGGUUGCCAUCCUGGCCAUUGGUUUUCUCCUGGAACCAUUGCAGAAGUCAGUUCUUGCUGCUUUGGUUCUUGGCAAUUUAAAGGGAAUGCUGAUGCAGUUCAAAGAGAUUGCAGUUUUGUGGAAAAAGGACAAGUAUGACUGUCUUAUCUGGCUUGUGACAUUCCUUGCGGCUAUUUUACUGGGGCUGGAUCUUGGACUAGCAGCUGGACUAGGAUUUGAACUCCUGACCGUUGUAUUCCGUGCACAGUUUCCAAAAUGCACACUUUUGGCAAACGUUGGCCGAAGUGACAUCUACAGAAACAGAAAAGAUUACACAGAUAUAUAUGAGCCAGAGGGAGUGAAGAUCUUCAGGUGUCCAUCUCCAAUCUUCUUUGCUAAUGUUGAAUUCUUCAAGGACAAAUUGACUGCAGCAGUUGGUUUUAAACCACUGAGGGUUCUACGCAAGCGCAACAAAGCUUUGAGGAAAAUCAGAAGAAUGCUGAAAAAGGGACAGCUCCAAGUGACCCCUAAAGGUUAUCUCUGUACUGUUAAUGGUAUGAAUGAUUCAGAUGAAGAGCUGGAUAACAACAGAAUUGAAGAACUGGAUCAGCCUACUAAUACCAAAGAUCUGCCACUUCAGAUAGACUGGAACUCUCCUCUUCCUCUCAACCUCAGCGUUCCAAGAGUUGACAUCCACAGCAUCAUCCUUGACUUCUCAGCAGUAUCAUUUCUUGAUGUUUCCGCUAUGAGAAUCCUGAAAGAGACUUUGAAAGAAUUUGUCAGGAUUGAUGUGGAUGUAUAUAUUGUGGGAGCAUAUGAUGGCCUUCUUGAUAAAUUGAAAAUAUCUGAAUUUUUUGAUGAUGAAAUUAAGCCAACCAUGUUUUUCCUUACUAUUCAUGAUGCAGUUUUAUAUAUAUUGGUUAAAAGGGAUAUUGUGCUCAAUUCACCAAAAUUCAAGCCCAUUAUGGAAAAGAUGAAUGAUCAUUACAUAAUCAAUACAAAUGGAGAACUGCGCAGUCGAGAGUUCAUGGCACCACCUCAAACAAAACUCUGA